AAUACCAGAAUCACUAUAAUUUAAAAACGAAACAAUUCCCGGAAUCUCAAGUUUUGACAAAAAUAAAAGAGAGAAGACAGAAAAAGACUCAACCACGUGCCACUAAUUACCCACAAUCAGCAGGCGUCAUUCGUUGCCAAUUGAGCCGAGCGCGCAGAGUAACAGCCAGCAACAGAAACAGCAAGUGCUCGUGUAACUUGAGACAACAUAAAAAUGCCCGCAGUCACAAAGUUAGCCACGUACGAAGAAAUUUUGGCAUUGGCCAAAUCGACGUAUCAUGAUCUCUUUGGCGGCGAUCCAGAAGUGGCCUGCUGUGCUCCCGGACGUGUUAAUUUGAUUGGCGAACAUAUUGACUACAAUGAUGGCUUCGUGCUGCCGAUGGCGCUGCCCAUGGUGACAUUGGUCGUUGGCGGUCGCCGUGCGGACAAUAAGGCCUCAGUCUUUACACACUGUGCUGGCUGCGAUGAUCCAAAGCAAGUGGAGUUCUCAUUAUUGGAUCUGAAACCCGAAUUGCCAAAAUGGGCAAACUACGUGAAAGGUGUGAUUCACCAUUUUGCCGUCGAAUCGAAACUGGAAGGUCAGCUGCCCGGCUUCAAUGCCGUGUUUGCCUCCAAUGUGCCAGUGGGUGGCGGCUUGUCUUCCAGUGCAGCAGUUGAGGUGGCCACUGUGACGUUUAUGGAGCAGUUGACCGACAAACAACUUGAAAGCAACAAGAAACGCGCUUUAGUUUGCCAAGCCGCUGAACACAAGUUCGCUGGUAUGCCUUGUGGCAUUAUGGACCAAAUGAUUUCCGUUGCCGGCCAAAAGGGUAAUGCACUGCUGCUUGAUUGUCGCUCACUGGAAACAUUCCAAAUACCAUUUCUUGGCGGCUCUGAGGAUUUGGUGGUUUUAAUUUGCAAUUCCGGUGUGCGCCACGAAUUAUCGAAGAGUGAAUAUCCGACAAGACGCAAACAAUGCGGCCAGGCACUCAAGCUAAUGGAAAAGACAAGCUACAGAGAUGCCACAGUGGAGAAUUUGUCAGUGUUAGAGUCAGAUCCGCUUUUAUUGCGUCGCGCCCGACAUGUCAUAACGGAAACGCAACGAACGCAAGACGCGGCUGAAGCCUUAAAGGCACAUGACUUCACAAAGAUGGGCGCACUAAUGAAAGCGUCACAUACAUCACUACGUGACGACUUCGAAGUAUCCUGCCGUGAAUUGGACGCUCUGGUCGAUGCGGCCAUUAAUUGUUCCGGUGUUUUGGGAUCACGUAUGACCGGCGGUGGCUUUGGCGGCUGCACCGUUACGCUGCUGCAACGCGCUGCGGUCGACAAUGUGAUUGCGACGAUGCGUACAAAUUUCACUAAAGAAUUCAAUAAAGACGCCGCUGACCGCUUGGAAUUCUACAUGUGUGUGCCUAGCAGUGGUGCGAGACGUGUCGAUCUGUGAGGUGGCGUGCGAUGAUGAUGAAAUAAGCUUUGUUGCAAGAAAACUCUGUAAAUAAAUGCGCGAAGCUAAGGAAACGUAUACGUAAAGUAGAAAAGUAAACAGCAAAAAUGAAAACAUUAAUAAAAUGAAAUACUUGUAAAAAGAUA